UAUUGAUUGAGCCCAAUUCCGCGUGUCUCUCUCUCUUUCCAAUUUUGAUAUUCAAUUUUUUCCAUUAUUAAAUAUUCUUUUUUUAUUUCCAACCAUCCAAAUAAUCUGGGUCUUGUUAGGGUUUGAUUCUCCGAGUGUCCGCUCUUAAAAUUCCUUAUUUUUUUUUGUCACGUUUCGGUUUUCUCCAUUUGUGUAAAACAUCGGUGAUGAAUUUGUAACAAAAAUUAAUAUUAAAAUGACCUUUUUUAAAUUUUCUGGCAGAAUCAAUAUUUAUUUAUUUAUUUAUACAUACUUGUUCUUCUGUCUGAUUCCUGGGAUGGUUUUUCUUCUUCCAAAAUGAUGCGUUUGAGCUGUGUCGAUCAAUUUGGUUCUGGAUUUCGCGCAUUCAAUCGUUUCUGUUUUUUAAUUUUUUAUAAUAAAUAAUUUUCUCCUUCUGCAUUGCCCUUUCUGAAAGAUCUUUCUGGGCUGCCCUGUUUUUAAAAAAAGUUGACAUUUUUGGGUAUAGAUUAUAGUUAUUAUAUAAUGAAGCUCGUGGUUCGUGUGAUUGAGGCAAAAAACUUGGUAGCCACGGAUCCCAAUGGGUCAAGUGAUCUGUACGUGCGGUUAAAGAUGGGAAAGCAGAGAUUCAGGACCAAGGUGAUCAAGAAGAGUUUGGAACCUAAGUGGGAUCAACAGUUUACUUUUUGGGUUGACGACCUUAAAGAAAAGCUUGUUAUCUCUGUCAUAGAUGAUGAUAAGUUCUUUAAUCAUGACUUGGUGGGAAAGCUUAAAGUGCCUGUCUCACAUGUUUUUGAUGAGGAAAUUAAAUCCCUUGGCAAUGCUUGGUAUUCUUUGAGACCCAAAAACAAGAAGUCCAAGAACAAGGAAUGUGGUGAGAUUCUUUUGAGUAUAUCUCUUUUCCAAAAUAAUGCUUCCGUGGAGUCAAAUGGUAUUGGUGAUCAGUUAUUAUGUCCAAGAAAAUGUUCCGAUGCAACUACUGAUUCUCUUUCAAGAUCUUCCACUGGCCGUUCAAAUUCAUCUUCUCCAGUAAGGGAAGAAAUUAUGUGUUCAAAGGAUGAGAAAUCUUGUCCACAAAAAACACUUGCUGGCCGACUUGCUCAAAUUUUUAAUAAAGGUCCUGAUAUGUCUUCAAUUUCACCCGGUAGAAGCAUUGAUUUGGACCAAUCUGAAACAAAUAAAACUGAAGUUGGUGAGAUCAAGACUGAGGAUCAGUCCUCUAAUGACUCUCUUGAAGAAGUUAUGAGAAAAAUGCAGUCUGCAGAUCAAGGAAGUGAAAUUCCUAGCAAUUUACCUGGAGGGGUGCUUAUAGAUCAAUUAUAUAUUAUUGCACCAGAAGACUUGAACAUAUUACUAUUUUCACCCGAUUCUAAUUUUCCCAAGUCAUUGGCAGAUGUACAGGGGACCACAGAACUUCAAAUAGGUCCUUGGAAGUUAGAAAAUGGUGGGGAGAGCUGUAAAAGAUCACUUACUUACAUAAAGGCUGCCUCUAAAUUAAUUAGGGCUGUCAAAGGCUAUGAGGAACAGACAUAUUUAAAAGCUGAUGGGAAGAACUUUGCUGUUCUGGCCAGUGUCAGCACUCCAGAUGUUAUGUAUGGCAGCACCUUUAGGGCCGAAUUACUUUAUGUGAUCACACCUGGACCAGAGUUGCCAUCAGGAGAACAGUGUUCACGUCUGGUGAUAUCAUGGCGAAUGAAUUUCUUACAGAGCACAAUGAUGAAGGGAGUGAUAGAAAAUGGAGCUCGGCAAGGUAUGAAAGAAAGCUUUGAUCAGUAUGCCAUUUUGUUAUCUCAGACUAUUAAGCAUGUUGAGUCAAAGGACCUUGGUUCCAGCAAGGAACAAGCUUUGGCAUCGUUACAGGCGGCAGAGCCCCAGUCAGAUUGGAAGCUGGCAGUGCAGUAUUUUGCUAACUUCACGGUCAUCUCAACAUUCUUAAUGGGGUUGUACGUGCUUGUUCAUAUUUGGCUGGCUGCUCCUGGCACGAUUCAAGGACUUGAGUUUGUUGGACUGGACUUGCCAGAUUCAAUUGGUGAAUUUGUUGUUUGUGGAGUCUUGGUUCUUCAAGGUGAACGAGUGCUGGGUUUAAUCUCACGCUUCAUGCAGGCCAGAGCACAUAAGGGUAGUGAUCAUGGAAUUAAAGCACAAGGAGAUGGAUGGCUGCUAACAGUGGCCUUAAUUGAAGGAAGCAAUUUAGCUGCUGUUGAUUCUAGUGGGUUCUGUGAUCCAUAUGUGGUGUUCACUUGCAAUGGGAAAACAAGAACCAGCUCAAUCAAGUUCAAGAAAUCUGAUCCUUUAUGGAAUGAAAUAUUUGAAUUUGAUGCAAUGGAUGACCCUCCUUCUGUGCUGGAUGUGGAAGUUUAUGAUUUUGAUGGACCCUUUGAUGAAGUUGCAUCUCUAGGACGUGCUGAAAUCAAUUUCCUGAAAACUAACAUCUCAGAUCUUGCUGAUAUAUGGGUUUCUCUUGAAGGAAAGUUGGCUCUGGCAUGUCAGUCUAAGUUGCACUUAAGAAUUUUCUUGGAUAACACUAGAGGUGGGAAUGUUGUAAAACACUAUAUAAGUAAAAUGGAGAAAGAGGUGGGGAAGAAGAUUAAUCUGCGGUCUCCUCAAACAAAUUCAGCCUUUCAGAAACUCUUUGGUCUUCCACCUGAGGAAUUUCUCAUCAAUGACUUCACCUGUCAUUUGAAAAGAAAAAUGCCCCUGCAGGGCCGGCUAUUUGUUUCGGCAAGAAUACUUGGAUUUCAUGCGAAUUUGUUUGGACACAAGACAAAAUUCUUUUUGCUUUGGGAGGACAUUGAAGACAUUCAGGUCAUUCCUCCUACAUUUUCAUCAAUGGGCAGUCCGAUAGUUGUCAUAACUCUUCGGCAGGGAAGAGGUGUGGAUGCAAGGCAUGGUGCAAAAACACAAGAUGAACAAGGCAGACUGAAGUACAAUUUCCAGUCCUUUGUGUCUUUCAAUGUUGCACACAGGACCAUCAUGGCUCUCUGGAAAGCCAGAUCCUUGAGUCCUGAACAGAAGGUCAAGUUAGUUGAAGAAGACUGUGAUACCAAAAGCCUUACCAGUGAAGAGAGUGGGUCAUUCCUUGCCCUUGAUGAAGUUAGCAUGUCUGAGGUUUAUUCUUGUGUUCUUCCUGUUCCCGCCAGUUUCUGGAUGGAGCUAUUCAGUGGGGGUGAGUUGGACCGCAGGGUCAUGGAAAAUUCUGGUUGUGUUGAUUAUUCUUAUACCCCUUGGGUAUCUGAGAAUAGCAAUGUCUAUGAGAGGGCAGUAUAUUACAAAUUUGAGAAACGUAUUUCACGUUAUAGAGUUGAAGUGACAAGUACUCAGCAAAGAACUCUUUUGGAUGGUAAGGGCUGGCGUUUGGAAGAGGUUAUGAACUUCCAUGGAGUUCCUCUUGGUGAUUAUUUCAAUCUGCGCCUUUGCUAUCAUAUUGAUGAUUUACCCCCGAAAGCAAAGGGAUGUAAAGUACAGGUUUUGUUUGGAAUUGAAUGGCUGAAAAGUACAAAACAUCAGAAAAGGAUUACGAAGAACAUCCUAAAAAAUCUACAAGAACGUUUAAAGCUGACCUUCAGUUUAGUUGAGAAGGAGUUUUUGGCAAAAUAGCGAAUGAAUCUUCCGGAAUUUGACCUUAUACAAUUAAGGAAGCUAGCUGAUAUUCUCGCAGCAUCAUUACACACUUCUUUCAGAACUAACAAAUAAUAUUUCAAUUCUUCAGCUCAGAUUGGAAUAUAUGAUGGCUUCAGAUUAAGGUCCAUGUGUUUGUGCUGUUUGGGGUUGGUUUGCAUAACAAUCCUAACAUCAUUAAACCUGCUAGCGGUGUAAUCUACGGGUGAACUGCUGAUCUGAACAUGGUAGAUAUUACUUCUUUUCUUUCAAUUUCAAGGGCGAUAGAACCACAGCUUUAAUGAUGCUUAAAAUUGUUCAGCUAUAAAGAUGCUUAUUUGCUACCAAAAAUUGUUCAAACCAGAUUACUGAUUGGAGAUAUUACUAACUGUUCUGUUGUAAAUGACUAGUUGGAUUCUGGCGGACGAUAUUCAGAUUGCAUCAGCAGUUGCUAGCAAUCCAAAUUUUGCGUUUGUUGUAUAUUGUCACUUUUAGAUGAUAAAUUGACAUCUUGUUA